AUGGUUUCGCAGAAGCUGUGCGUGCCGCAUGGUGCACCGGGAGUGAAAUUCUACCACUUUGAAGGUGUGCAGGCUGGCAAGGAGCCUGCCCGAGUGCAGCAAUACCUGAUGGCAUUCGACCAGCUACAGCUUGGCGAAGAUGUCCGAAAUCAGAUGCUGAAGGUCAUGAAGCGCAUUUACAUGGACACGGAGGCCAUGAUGACGGAAAUCUUUGACAUGAACCCAGCCAGUGGUGUCAGCUACCGGAGCUCCAAGGAGGAAGGCGAACGCGAGCUGCCGGCCCCCUGCAAAGAGCAGUUGACCCUCAGCCUUCAGGAGUUGAGGCAGUUCACUGGCGAGGACAAGGGGCGCAUCCUUGUCAGCCUUGCUGGAGAGCUGCUUGAUGUCAGCUCUGGCCGGGAGAUGUAUGGGCCAGGCAGCGGUUACUCGAUUCUGGCUGGUCACGACGUCACGCGAUGCCUUGCAACGAUGUCGCUCGAGCCAGAACACCUGGACGACCUCAGGUGGUCUCCGGACUGUGCAGAGGACGAGGAUGCUCUCAAUCAAUGGCGGCAGCGACUGAAGGAGAAGUAUCCCGUGGCAGGACAGCUAACCAGCGCGGCUGACACCGCCGACGCCACCGGGGCCGAGGGCUUGCGGAAGCGCCCGGCUGGCAAAGAGGAGGCGAAGGCCCCCAAUGCGGUCACAGCGGGAGGGCAUGCGGAAGGCGAUCGAUGCCCCAUCUCGGGGAAGCAGGGUACUUGCCCGAUGGCCGCAAUCAUGGGCAUCCAGAAGCCGGCAGAAAAGGCCGAGCCAGCGGCUCUGGGUACCAGCUCUGGUGGGGCAUUCAUGGCAGGAAAGAGCCUUGUAGCAAGCGUUCAGAAGAAGAACUCCUUCGACGAUUCCUUGCUGUAUCGACUCUGUCCACUGCACUGGGAUGACAAAACCAUCAAAAUGGUUUGCAUGAUUGCGGCUGCCUCUUGGAUGAGCGGCAUAUUUAUCGGAUGGAACCUGCGAAAGAUGCUGGUUAGAUGA